GAGGCUAGUAUCCCCUGGAAGGGGGGACUCUGGUUCUCAGGGUCCCUGGGGGGUGGGGGAGUAGUGGCCCUGGAAAGAGAGUCUGUGGGUGUUCAACCCAGAGAGAUAGUGUCCCUUAGAAGGGGAAAUUGUGGUUCCCUGGUGGCGCAGCAUCCCGUGGAGGGGCACUCCCUUGGUAUUGGGGUCCCAUAGGGGGAGAUUGUGGGUAUUGUAUGUGCCUGGGGUGUAUCUCCUGGAAGGGGUGACUCAGUAGUGAGUACCCUGCUUCCCACUGAUCUCUGGGUGUGUGGGGGGGGUACAUUUGCGGUGGGGCCUGAGCCCCAAGCCACUGGGUGAGGAUGGCGUGGGCUCUGAAGCUGCCGCUGGCGGAUGAGGUGAUUGAAUCAGGGCUGGUGCAAGAUUUCGAUGCCAGCCUCUCGGGCAUUGGCCAGGAGCUGGGCGCUGGCGCCUACAGCAUGAGUGAUGUUCUAGCCCUGCCCAUAUUCAAACAGGAAGAAUCAAGUUUGCCUCCUGACAACGAAAACAAGAUCCUGCCUUUUCAAUACGUUCUGUGUGCAGCCACAUCCCCUGCAGUGAAACUCCAUGACGAAACACUCACCUAUCUCAAUCAAGGUCAGUCGUAUGAGAUCCGGAUGCUGGAUAACAGGAAAAUCGGGGAGCUGCCUGAGAUAAAUGGGAAACUAGUAAAGAGUAUAUUUCGAGUGGUGUUUCAUGACCGGCGGCUACAAUAUACGGAGCAUCAGCAGCUUGAGGGCUGGAGGUGGAACAGGCCUGGGGACAGGAUAUUGGAUAUAGAUAUCCCGAUGUCUGUGGGUAUAAUUGACCCCAGGGCAAAUCCAACGCAACUAAAUACAGUGGAGUUUCUCUGGGAUCCUUCAAAGAGGACUUCAGUGUUCAUCCAGGUUCACUGUAUCAGCACGGAGUUCACCAUGAGGAAACAUGGCGGCGAAAAGGGAGUGCCCUUCCGAGUCCAGAUCGACACCUUCAAAGAGAAUGAGAAUGGGGAGUACACUGAGCACUUGCAUUCUGCCAGCUGCCAGAUUAAAGUCUUCAAGCCCAAAGGAGCAGAUCGAAAACAGAAGACGGACAGAGAGAAAAUGGAGAAGAGAACUCCUCAUGAGAAGGAGAAAUACCAGCCUUCCUAUGAGACCACAAUACUCACAGAGUGUUCUCCGUGGCCAGAGAUCACUUAUGUCAACAAUGCACCAUCUCCUGGCUUUAACAGCUCCCACAGCAGCUUUUCCAUUGGUGAGGGAAAUGGCUCUCCAAACCACCAACCCGAGCCACCUCCUCCGAUCACAGAUGUAAGUCCCACCUCAAAUCUUAUGCUUGUGAACCUCCUGCCAACGACGACGCCUCAGGAAGCCCAGCAAUGGCUGCAUCGAAACCGCUUCUCCACGUUCUCCCGGCUCUUCACAAACUUCUCAGGUGCAGACUUACUGAAGCUAACCAGGGAAGACGUUAUCCAGAUCUGUGGCCCUGCAGAUGGCAUCAGGCUCUUCAAUGCGUUAAAGGGACGGAUGGUACGGCCAAGGCUGACCAUCUACGUGUGCCAGGAGCCUCAGCAGCUGAGGGACCAGCAGAAGCAUGAGGAUGGGGAGUCGGCAAACAGUACUUUCUUUGUAUAUCAUGCUAUCUAUCUGGAAGAGCUGACAGCAGUGGAACUGACAGAAAAAAUUGCCCAGCUCUUCAGUAUCUCUUCUCGACAGAUCAGCCAUAUCUACAAACAAGGCCCUACAGGAAUACACGUACUGAUCAGCGAUGAGAUGAUACAGAACUUCCAAGAUGAAUCAUGUUUUGUUCUGGACACAAUGAAAGCUGAAACCAACGAUAGCUACCACAUCAUCUUAAAAUAAGAGGGAACUGGACUAGGAGAGAGCCCGUAGCCACCUCUCAUCACACACAAAGACCCAUCGCCUAUUGCACAAGGAUGCAAGCAGAGAUCAGAAAUUCAUGGGAGGCUUCUGGAAAGAUCCUGAUCUUUGUUACUGCGCUGUACCUUCUGGCAGGUGACCCCGCCCCCCCGUAGCUCUUCUGGCAUGCAGCCUGCUGAUGAUGAUAGCUCACUGCUUAACCUCUGGAGUUUAAAAUGGAAGUGGUUGCAGAUGUGAGGCUAAACUUGCCAGGUUGUGUUGUCCUUAGCUAUUGAUAGAAACUUGCCUUUGUGUCUUGGGACCUGUGUAUGGGUUUGAUAAGUGUGUUACAUUUUGAGAGGGGUUGGCUCCUGUGAUUGUGCUGGAGACUCGCAAGUGAACAUCUAUUCUAAUAACUCAACCCAGCAACCUCUCUGGCAUACACAGCAACCUCUCAAACACCCCGCCCCCCCCAAUAACCUUCCAACUGCACUGAGGGAACUGGGGGGGGGGGGAGCAUUAUUUUUUAAGCUUUUCUUUAAUGUCGGACAGCUGCAUUGUAAAGGCGUUAUUCUCAUUCUCCCAAUCUGUGUGUGUGUGUGUGUGUGUGUGUGACAGAGAUUGAUUGUAGUUCUGUCCUCCAUGUCAGUGUCAAGACUGUCAGGAACUAAUUCCAGUCUCAUGGAUUUAUAAGAUCACCGUCUAUAUGGACAAACGUGGCUUUCCUCUCAAAGGAACUGAAAUUCUUGAUCUUUGGGGUGGAGGGGAAGUGAUAAACUUCUGCUGUACCUUCAUUGUAAACUUGGGUGACAUUUUAUUGGCAUGUUGACUUUUAUGUCUCAUUGGCCUGAAACUCACUUUUGGGGCUGGAACAGUAUGGGACGAGCACUGAAAAAGAUUGACAUAGCAAGAGCCUGCAGGUUGUGCUUAAAGCUACUGAAAACGCCAUGGCAACAGAAGGGCCUACAUACAGAUUUCCAGGACAGCAGCCGUUGGGUCUCUUGGGUGUAAAAGAAAAAAAUAAAGAAACAAAAAAUCUGCUUUCUAAAACAGAUGCCUUAGCACGUGUCCCCUCUUUGUGAGAGCACCUAUUAGAGCUUGAAAGAAGAUUUUCUAAAUAAAAAGCAUCUUAUAAUAAAAUGAGGCCUGGAUUUAUAUUUGCCCAGAAUGUCAGGUUCUUGGGUAAACAGAUGGUUUUUAUAAACAUACAUGACAUAUUUUUUACAAGAAACAUAAUACAAAGCAGAUGUGUUCAGAUGAUUAGGUUGUGACAUUAACCCACACAAGGCAGGAAAUGCCAGGUUCUGAGUUGGACCAGGAAAGGCCUAGCCGGGGCGGGGAGUAAGGCUGCAUAUGUGACAGUCUGACAAUCAUAUCUCCAUCGUUCUAAACAGCUGGUAAGAUACUGACUGCUCCUCUUAUAACCCUAAGACGACCUGUCUGAACUCCCCUCUGCCUCCAAUUCAUUGGAAAGCCCUAAAGAUGGCAACUGUUAUGUAUCUGUUCCAAUCCCCCCUUCCCUCUGACGAUGAUGGCUUCUGUAGAUGCCAUUUAGUGAUGCAUCUGAGAGCCUUUCACCUCUAGACUGGAUUUGAAAUAAUGAAACAACUCAGCGAUGGCGCAAAAGUUGUUGGCCAUUUGAUGGCUGCGUGGUAUAACCCCUGCGUGAAAGGUGCUGGAAGUUCCCUCCCCAGUUCCCUAGCAAAGACCGGUCAAUGCCAUAUCAUUGGCAUCAUGGUUGGCGAAGAACUGACUGAGCCAGAAAUAGCCCCUCCGGGUUGAUGGUGAGUAACGUUUUGCAGGACAAUGUGUGAACAUGCUGUGCUGCUUGCUGUUUUGUGCCUGUUCUGGGGAUAAAUAGAGGACUUCGGGACAGCCUCUUCUAUCCGGUUUUGUCACCCAGGGCUGAAUUCACUUCAAUGCCAAAGCAGUUGUUUUUUUCCUGGGUUUUGCUUAAAAAGACUCUGAAAGCCCCUUUGUAUCACGGCCUGAUUUGUGGGCAGCAACCUGCAUUGUUCCUCUACCUGGCUUUUUGAUGGCUUGUGUCAUAACAGUCGUCACAUUUGAAUCUUGAACUUUAAAUAUAAACACUCUGAAAUUGCCGUGGCUCUUUGUUCUGUCAUGGAUCUUUGCCUAAUAAAUGUGGAGGCCUCGGCCACUUAAAUCGAUGGGGCUAAAGAUGCCAAGGAAAAGCCUUAGAAAAAGCUGGAGCGAUUCACCUGCUUUCCCUGCUGAAGAACAGUGCGCUACUGAUGAAUUGACUAUGAACCCUGCAUACAGAGGUGCUAUUAUUUUGUAUCUGUUGUACUAAAUCCGUGAUAGAUUGGGAAGAUACCUGUAUUUUAAUCUGGGGGGGGCAAACGGGUUCUCAGUAUGCAAGAGGCGUAAUAGAAAAUGUACAAUAGUGACAGACUUGUUGAACAUUUUGUAUCCAUGUUUCUGGGUGCGUACAGAUUCUUAAUGAAUCCAUUGUUUGAAAACA